AUGAUCGCCCGUCUCCACGCAACCUCCUUUCCCAAGCCAGCCUGCGCCGCGGCUACCUGGUGCUCGCCCACCGCUCGCCGCAGGAUCCCGUCCUCCCGCUCCCGGUGCCCCAACGUGCAAAGACUCUUUACCAAGCACUGCAGCGCCAGGAAAGCUCGCUUGAUGAGGGCCUCACGUGUCCCGCUUGCUCCCAAACCCGCCAUCAUCAACGACGCUGAAACUGACAGUCCCCUUCGGACACUGCAGCUCCCUCGCACACUCCUCACUCCCCAAAUGCACGAAGUCGAGAUGGCUUUGGUGGACCCAGAGUUGAAGGGUGUUACACCCGAAUACGUUCGUGAACGGCUUUCCUUGUUCGCUUCUGAAAUGCUCGCGGGUCUAUCAAGCCUAAAAGCACAAGCACCCAAAUCCUUACUCCCAAACGAGAUGGACGUAUCCAUCUCCAACGCAGCAGGUGUAUGCCCAACACACAUGCUCGCCGUUUAUUCCUCCCGACCAACAACAACAUCCACAUCCCCACGCAAAGUCACAUUGUUCCCUACACACCAACUUGUCCUCGCGGCGCAUUGUGCCAACCUCCCUGCACUCCCCGCGUCCUCGGCUACACAUACCUCUGGGACGAGUGCGACUGUUCCCGUGGUACCGCUUUGCCUACCGGCUCCUGAGGCGUUCCCGUUACUGCAAUCGUACCUUUAUACGAAGAAUACGGAGAAUUUGAGCAGUGUGCUCUUCCCCUCUACAUCUACACCACUGGACAAAGUCGCGCUUCAACGGCAUAUGGGGCUUAUCCACGGAUUGUGGGCGGAUGCGUGUGCGCUUGGUGUUGUCGAUGAGGCUUUGUAUGAAGUUAUACAAGCGUCGUGGAGGAGACUUGUGGCUGCUGUGGAGGCUUCGCGGUCAUGACCAUGCUUCUUCCGAUCCUUUUUUUCUUCUUGCAUAUUCAUCAUCAUCAUUGGGACUCUUUAGAUAUUAUACUUCACUCUUACUAUGGAAAACAAUUAAGCAACAUGUGUAUGACUAGCAUUUUUUUUAUUGCAUAUAUAUUUUCUACCUUGCCU